CCACCAGGUAGCCGUUAACCCUCUGCUUCCUUCCACCUUACGUAUACCAUUGUACUUAUUGUUACUCUCUAUAUUUAUUUCAACAUGACAUGGCAGACAACAGCCAUUCGAAUUUCAAACUAAAAAGACACAAAAUGUAUCCAAGGGUGAAAGUGAGGGUUCAAGAAGAAGAAGAGGACCAUUUCCCACCCCACAACAACAACCACCAUGAACCCUGUCUGUUUUUGAGGCUUCUCGAAUCUGUAUCCAAACAAGAAAAGGAGAAUAAAAUCAAUUCCCCACCUUCAAAUUCAAUUUCCAGUAUCACAAAAGCUUAUAUCACUAGCCCGACACCAAAAGAUGGUGGAACAAUCAAGAAGAACAAGAAGCAAAUUGGGAAGGAUAUGAAAUCAAAUGUAAAAGCUAGUUCAGUACUACCCCCUCGAGCUGUUCUGUCCAGUCCUGAUAACGAUAGAAUGAUUGGGAGCAUAAACAAGAUAGAUUAUGCAAGCUCCUCCUCAGCUUCGAAGAAACGUCCAGCCGAUGUUGGCACAUCAAGUUCUCCUAACAUUGGGAAAGGCCCCAAGCCCAAGACUGAAAAUGUUAAACACACUCCAAGUGUUGCACGAACCAAGAUUACUACCCAAGGUGGCUACAACACUAACAUUGUUAAACCCACUCCAGAUUCGAAUGUUGGGAAAGGCCCCAAGGCUAAAAAUCCUGGACUUGCUGCAAGUACUAGGAAGGGUGUCGUCUGAAGUACGUAUAGGAGAUGGAAUUUUAACAAAUCUGUAUUUUGGGAAUAUUCAAAUGAUAAUCUUGAGUCUACAUUGGACAACAA